CUUGCAGGCGGUCAGCCUGGCCCCUAAGCCAGACUUGGCGUGCCGGGGUGGACGUGCUGCCGGACGUCACCCCGCCCUCCCACCGGGCCCGAUCUACUCUGGGGGAGGCUCCGAGGUGCCCUGCACCACCUUCAGGAGCUGGCAGGCUGCCUGCUCCCUGCUCUCGGCUGCACAGCCGCUGCCCUUCCUGUUCCCAGCUCGCCGAGGACAGCUCUGAGAGGCUCCUGGCAGCUCCUUGAUGUCUGCUGGCUUGGGUUAUGGGCAGGAAGGCCAGGCCCGAAGGAUAUUGAGUGGCUAAGAAGGAACCCCCGAGGUUUAGAAGGCAUCUGCUCGGUGGCCAGCACGUAGGCUCUGAGACAGGAGAGGGGUGUGCCGGAAGACUCGGGGCCUGGACGCCAUCUUCCUGAGGCCCAGGUUCCGCAGUCCUCACACCUGCAGAUGAUGUGAGCCCAUCUGCACAGUCUCCACCCCUUACCAAGCAGGCAACCCAACCCGUGGAACCUGCUGGUUCUCUGCACCCACUGGGUCAUGCCAAGGCUAGGGGCACUCUGGGCCAUGGGCAGGAAAGAGAGAAUACAGUGUCUUUUCCCCAGAGCUGAAGGACUGAGCCUUAGGAUUUGGGGAGUGGAAGCCAAAAUCUGUGCGAAAAUCCAGGUAUCCUGUUCCUGUCAGGCUCUCAGCACAGUUGGAGUACUGCAGGUAGGGAGGCCAAACAGGGCUCCCAGCACCAAGGGGCACAGGAAUCUCCAGCCCCCAGUGGGGUGAGUGUUCAUCCUGGACAUAGGUGAGACCCAUCAAGCUUCCCCAUAGGUUUGCCAUGAGCCGCAGGUCCUUGGGGCACCCAGGAAGGUGGGGCUGGGAUGCUUGGAGGCAGCCCCUCCAGGUGUGGGGACUGGGAUGUCUGUGGAGUGACUUCAGGGACACAAGCAGAAUCCAGAGUCUGUCCCCUCCUGGACACUUUGGUCCUAGACCACUUCCAGAAUGUUCCCUGGAGUGCUCCUUGGGGGAGGGCCUGUGGCAGUCUUCUGCGUAUGGGAAGACCUUUGGCCCAGCCACCCUCUGUAUGGGAUGUGAGUAGCUCCAACAGCAGGAGUGAAGAUGGUGCCCACCUGUUCAGCAGAUGCUGACCCCACAGCCUCAUCUCUGACCUUAGAGUACAGCUGUGAGCAAGAAAGAAAGAUCUGCCAACUGCCCUCCCACCCUUUCUUGUGCUCCCAUCUCUGUUUUCCACAGUAUUUGUCUCCUCAUCUACUGUGUCAGAAAUGCCUACUAUCUCAGAGUCUCUGUUUUUAUUACGAUCUAACCUCCCCAUCAGAGCAUCACCCUCACAGGGGCUUCAGGUGCAACACGUGCUCAGAAGGAUUUCCCCAGCCUGUGAGAACAGAUAGGGAAUCUGUUAUAUAGAGAAACCAAAACAAGCAAGCAGAAAGCCUUGGAAGACAGGUCUGCUGCAAACAGGAUGCAGCUAGGGAUCCUCGAGUCGGGGGCUGACCUGAGUCAGUGGCAUGAAUGACGAGGAGGAGCCAUGCCCAGGUCCGUGGCUAUGGUCAGUCUGUGUCAGGUCUGUGAGAGAGCCUGUGGCUGCAAGAAGGGAGCUCAACCUAAGGGAAUGGGGCGGCCUUGUGGGCAGACAGUUGUAGGACCCCAGCUAUUUCAACUGUUCCUCCAUCCUCCCACCUCCCUGGAAGAAAUGAGCCACAGAGAGAGCUGAUCCAGCCAGAGGACCCACAAGUUCUGUGUGGAACUGUUUUAGUUUGUGUUAGAAAAUGGAUGGCUUGGAGGCGGAGUUCAACCUGAAGGUUGUGCUGGUCAGCUUCAAGCAGUGUCUCAACGAGGAGGAAGAGGUGCUGCUGGACCACUACAUCGCCAGCUGGAAGGGUCUGGUCAGGUUUCUGAAUAGCCUAGGUACCAUCUUCUCCUUCAUCUCGAAGGACGUGGUCGCCAAGCUGCAGAUUAUGGAGCGUCUGCGCAGCAGCCCCCAGAGCGAGCACUACACAAGCCUGCAGUCCAUGGUGGCCUACGAGGUGGGCAAUAAACUGGUGGACCUAGACCGCCGCUCCCGCCACCCCAGCUCAGGCUGCCGGACGGUGUUGCGCCUGCACCGGGCUCUGCACUGGCUGCAGCUGUUCCUGGAAGGCCUGCGCACCAGCCCUGAGAACGCGCGGACCUCCACCCUCUGUACUGACUCCUACAACGCCUCACUGGCCGCCUACCACCCCUGGCUUGUGCGCCAGGCAGUCACCGUGGCCUUCUGCACCCUACCCACACGCAAGGUCUUCCUUGAGGCUAUGAACGUGGGGCCCCCUGAGCAGGCUGUGGAGAUGCUGGGUGAGGCCCUGCCCUUCAUCGAGCAUGUGUAUGAUGUCUCCCAGAAGGUCUAUGCAGAGCACUCCCUGUUGGACCUGCCCUAGUGGCCGCACCCAGGCUGGAUGGGCUUCCCCUGCUGCAGAGCUGGACUCGGGCAGCCAGGGCCCAUGCUCUCCACAACAGAGCCCUCACCCCUGCAAGCUGAGCUUGUGAGAGCCACCAGCUGACAGGAAAGGCAGGCAGCUGGCCUGGGAGAGGCAGCACAAGCCCUCCCUUGGCCCAGGAUGAGAGCCUUCUCAGCCUCGGUUGCAAGCAUGCCUGGUCAAGCCCCACUGAGGCUUGGAGAGUGGAGGCUGCAUGAGCAACAGCCUGAUGGUCGCCCUGCUGCUGUGUGUGGAAUCUGUGAAAUGGUGUGAGGACAGAGGUCCCUGGGCACCAAGGUUCUAUCCUGCCCCAGCUGGUAUGCCCAGCCCAUGUGUAUCUUUCCCAUGCCUGUCCUAGGCCAGGUCUGGGACACAGCAGGCCCAGCUGCCCCAAUCCCUUCACACCCUGGCUGGCUGUGCCCAGGCAGAGAACCUUGGGCAAUGGUCUGGGCACUAUAGACUCUCCCAGCCCUUUAUCUGCCUCCUUGUUAGCCUGUCUGCAUGCUGAGCAGAAAGGCCUUCCCUGCCAUCUAAACAGCUCCUGCAGGGAGUGCAUGAGCUCCCCAAGGGACCCAGCAGGCCAUCUCCUGCAGAGGUGCCAUUGCAGGCCACCCCUGCAUGGCCCAACACCACUGGGUGGAGCCAGGCAUUCCCUCUGCCCCUACCUGCUGCUCAUCCCCACAGUGCUCAGGAGGUGGGAGUGCUCAGGCUAGGAGGGGGUUGAACCCCCUUGUCUAGCUGAGAGUUAUCAGAUGGUCAGACCUAGCCAGCCAUCACGCAGUGCUCAGGGGCCUGGUUGCUCCCACUCUUUACAGUGACCUGCAGGGACCCUGUCUGCGGUGCAGCAGAUGUGCAUAAACGCAGCUUCCGGGUGGGCCCGGCCCUUUGGAAAGUGAUAUGUGUGAUAUUGUCCAGCAUAAAUAAACAGUGCUCAUGGGA